GGCCUGCUUGAGGAGGGCACACGAGCUGGCCCAGGGUCCCCCCAGGCUCCCUCGGGCUGGGACCCCGCCAGGCCAACAUGCAGGGGAGGAUCAGGACCAAGCUGUCGGCCUUCUUCUUUGAAUAUGACACUCCCCGCAUGGUGCUGGUGCGUAACAAGAAGGUGGGGGUCAUCUUCCGCCUCAUCCAGCUGGUGGUCCUCAUCUACGUCAUAGGGUGGGUCUUUCUUUUUGAGAAGGGCUACCAGACAACUGACGGUCUCAUCAGUUCAGUGUCAGUGAAACUCAAGGGCCUGGCGGUGACCAACAUCUCUGGCCUAGGCUUACAGGUCUGGGACGUCGCAGACUACGUGUUCCCAGCACAGGGGGCCAGCUCUUUCGUGGUGAUCACCAACCUCAUUGUGACGCCCAGGCAGGUUCAAGGGAGCUGUGCUGAUAAUCCAGAUGGAGGGAUAUGUCAGGAUGAUAGCGGUUGCCCAGCAGGAAAACCCAAACGAAAGGGCCACGGCAUCCGGACCGGCAAGUGUGUGGAUUUUAACAGCACAGUCAAGACCUGCGAAAUCCUCGGCUGGUGCCCAGUGGAAGUGGACGAUCACAUUCCAGACCCAGCCCUCCUGAGGGAGGCAGAAACCUUCACCCUCUUCAUUAAGAACAGCAUCAGCUUUCCCCGGUUCAAAGUAAACAGAAGAAACCUGGUGGAAACAGUGAACAAGCAAUACCUCAGGAGCUGUGUGUACCACAAGAACAGGGACCCCCUGUGCCCCAUUUUCGAGCUGGGCACCAUCGUGAGCUAUUCGGGCCAGAACUUCAGCACCUUGGCUGUGAAGGGAGGAGUGGUCGGUAUCACUAUUGACUGGGACUGUGACCUGGACUGGACCGUGCGGCAUUGCAAGCCCGUCUACGAGUUUCACAGCCUGUACAACGAAGAAAACAACCUGUCCCCAGGCUUUAACUUCAGGUUUGCCCGCUAUUACGUGGAGAAUGGGACCCCCCACCGGCACCUGUUCAAGGUAUUUGGCAUCCGCUUUGACAUCCUGGUGGAUGGCCAGGCGGGCAAAUUUGACAUCAUCCCCACAAUGACAACCAUUGGGUCCGGGAUCGGAAUCUUUGGUGUGGCCACCGUGCUCUGCGACCUGCUACUGCUGCACAUCCUGCCCAAGCGCCACUACUACCAGCAGAAGAAAUUCAAGUACGCCGAGGCAGACGCGGUCCAGGGGCCUACAAGGAACAACGAAGACACCUCUGGCUCCACCAUGGUCCUCCAGGAGAGCCUGAAGAUGCCUUGAAGGGUGGAAGGUGCCUGGGGAUCUCCCUUCUCCCUCCAUCCCCUGAUCCAGCCUUCUCAGUAUUGCCAGAAUAUCUGGAUCCCACUGUCUGCUGACUUUAGCCCUGCUCUGUAAUGGGGCUGAGAAAGACCCUGUUCUCUGUCUUCUUUCACACAGGAGAUGAACAUGCCAGCUGGGCCAUGGGCACCACAUGCAUGCACACUCCUACUGUUACCAUCACAAACACUCACCUAGCCCCCUUCCCGCACACAGUCCAGGAUUCACAAACACCUGUACCCACCCCGUACACACACACACACACACACACACACACACAC